AUGAGCGUAGCGGAGGUUCUUUUGCCCGACGAGGCCACCACUGAAAGAGGGAGCCCUCAGGUUGCUGUCACUGGCCAGUUGCAAAGCCUUGAUAUCCAUGAAGGAGCGACAACUGCAGUUUCUCCCACUGAUGAUCGCCAUCCAACACUGGAUGAUAACCAGGCUCAGUCCCCCCAAACAGCUCGAGCCACACCGAACCGGAAAUCGCAAUUUGGCAAACGAGAUUCCACCGCAGAGCCGUUACCAAAAGCUGCCAAAAAACGGCAAGCAAAGGUAUCAGCCAGCCAGAAUGACCUAUCAACCUCACCUUCAAAGUCUCCCUCGACGCCCCAACGAGGAACUAAGUCAAGGAGGAAAUCCCCACCGUUGACUACACAACCAGAUGAGAACCCAUUGACGUGGCAUGAUUCGGAAAUAACUUGUUAUGAUCCUACAGACCCAAAUGAUGACGGGUACGGUUUGAAUGGAGUCGGCUUCAAGCCAACAACUGCUAUUGCUUGGGAUAGAUCGCAGCGGAGAAAGAAGCAGAUUGCCGACUGGAAAGCUCGGGAAGCGCGCGAUGACCGCGAUAGGCGACGAGCGAGGCGUGAUGGCAUUGUUCUCGAGAUGGACAUAAAAACAGAUAGCGGGAGCCGCAAAAGGGUCAAAUUUGACACCUGA